AGGACUCCCUACCCCAGCCAGCCUGGGGCUUGUUUGGCUGGUGGCUGAGCACCUAAGUUGGAAGCGCUCGACUCUGCCUGUCCAUGAGACCACCCAAACAGCUCACCAUGCCAUUGGAGGACCAAUGCAGUUGCAGGACCAAGCUUUGCAGCUGAUGCUUUUGGCUGCUGAGGGGCUCCCUGGAGGCUGGGCUGGGCCUGACUGGGUGUUGAAGCCUGAGUUCAGCUGCAGGAUGUUUUGAGGGUGAGGACAGAUAGUAAGGUAGCGUUACUGCUGGGCUCUUUCCUACCUCUUGGGGGGUGAGGGGAAGGGUGGGGCAAGCUGGAGCUGUUUGCUACCAAGCUCCGUUUUCUAUUAACUAAGCAUCCCGCCCAUCUGGGCAGGAAUAGGCUGAGGGCUUGACAAGCAGGGAGCCAGGCUUCUACUGCCAACAACUUAAGAUUCCACUUUUCCAUGGGAUGGAAAGGUCCUGGGAAGUCAGAGCCAGCCCCUCCCUGUUUAGCAUUGAAGGCUGACACACAAAAUAGGAAACGCCUGAGCCGCCUGCAGUGGAAAGUUGGAGCUGCGGUGUGUGGCAGGCGGAUGCAGGAGCAGAGAGCAGCUGGGGAGAGAAAGACUCAAAGGACGUGGUGGGGCACAGCUAGGACGAUGCAGUUCCUGGAUUGGCUAAUAGUAGCCACUUGCCUUCUCCCUGGGGUAACUGCAACCCAGCACUAUCCAGGGCAGCCCAUGAACAGAGCCAGCGUGGGAGGUGGCCUGCAGGAGCCAGAGGCCCCGGAAGUGAUGUUUGAGCUGCUUUGGGCUGGGCUGGAGCUGGAUGUCAUAGGGCAGCUGCACAUCCAGGACGAGGAACUGGCGUCCACACGCCCAGGCCGCCGACUCAGGCUCCUCCUGCAGCACCACGUGCCCAGUGACUUGGAGGGUGCUAAGCAGCGGCUGCAGCAGUUCCAGGACCUGCGGAAAGGGCCUCCUCUUAGCCCUUGGGACUUUGAACACCUGCUCCUCACAAGCCUGUCCUGUGUCUACCGGCUCCAUAAGGCUAGUGAGGCUGAGGAAAGAGGUCGCUGGGCCCAGGUCUUCGCCCUGCUGGCACAGGAAACACUCUGGGACCUAUGCAAGGGUUUCUGCCCCCAGGGGCAGCCCCCUUCUCUGGGACCCUGGGCCUUGAUCCUUGACCCCUUUCCCUGACCCUCCCCAACUCCUACCCCAAGCCACACCCACCCGGGGCAGUGUUCUUUCCACUGUGUUCAGGUCUCUGGCCUUGGAUUGUACCCCGGAACCCACUUUACCCCUUCCCCAUUUUCUUCCCUGAGCCCUGGCAGGCUAAGAGCCUGGGUCUCAGGCAGCAGGCACAGACUCGCGGGUGUGUGUAUAUGUGUGUGUGUAUGUGUGUGUGUGUGUUGGGGUCAGGGUUGAGAAGUGUGCUCAAGAGAUGCUGAAAAAGAAGCUGCCCUCAAGAAAGCCAAGUUAGAUGCUCCAACUCCCACCCUGGCAGUCCAUAACAAGUCCGGUAGAAUCUACAGGAGCCUUGUGAAUGCUCAGCACCCAGUCCUAAUUUAGAUACCCCUUUUAAGUCCAUCCAGUGCUCGGAGUCCCUGAGCCCCAAGUUCCCCAUUUGGACUAGCCAUAGACUAGACAUCUUUAGUCCUGUCUGUUGGAGGAGGAGAGGAGGAAAGCAGGUGGAGAAACAUUACCUUUUCUGGAGGGGGCGGGUGGAGACAGGGAAGCGGAUAUUUUUUGGUCCAUCUCAACAAGGCUCAAUUGAACACCUCGAGUGGGGAGUGAGGCUGUGAGGGCAGAGACAAGCUGAGGUUGGCUGGUGUAGUCCUGAUCCUGUGUAGCUAUUCCAUUAAAUGUUCUGUUCUGGC